UCGAAACCGCGUAGAUCUCAAAAGCUUCACGAGUUAGGCAAUCUAUAUUGUUUUUGCUCGUACAUUCUCUAUGAAAUAUCAUGAUGAAUUAGUAUGGUAUGGACGCAUGGAGCAAAUCCGGAUAAACCGUACACACAUGAUCGAAAAGUAAAAGAACAGAUUUUUCGACUUAAAGUUUGCAACAUUUUGGUUUAAUUACAAGUGCACCAAAAUGGCAGAAUUUGUGGAAAAAAGAUGCGAGGAUAUGAUCCCAGAGCUCGAACAAAUGGAACGGAUAAAAUUGUUCGAUAAAAAUGAAAUCCGGAGCAUAGCAAAGAAACGGAAAGAGUAUGAAUACAAGCUGCAAAGACAUUCAAAAUGCAAGGAGGAUUAUCUUAGGUAUAUACAGUAUGAGAUGGAUCUUCUGAAGCUUGUUAAACAAAGGCGAGAGAAAUUCGGCAUCACCCAAAAAAAAUCUGACAUUGAUUAUACAAUAGCAAACAAAGUAAACAAAUUGUACAAACAAGCAAUAGCAAGAUUCCAGGAUGAUAUAAGAUUUUGGAUAUCUUAUAUGAAGUUCUGCAAACACGUUAAAUUUCAUGGCUGCGUCAGUAGAUUGAUAGGGAGAAUGCUCCAAGUUCAUCAGAACAAACCAAAGUGUUGGCACAUAUCUGCUCGAUGGGAAAUUGAGGAGAGUAAAAACAUUCAGAAUGCUCGUCAGUUUUUGUUACGAGGAUUGCACCAUCAUCCUGAUUCCCAAUUGCUUCUGACAGACGCCUUUAAAUUGGAGCUAGAUGAGGCUAGUAAAAAAAGCAACGAAACUGAUGGAAAUGAUAAAGUCACUGAUACACCAGCUGUGGACAAUGAUUAUGAAAUGUCAAUUGGCCACAAAAGGGCUUGCAUUAUUUAUAAACAAGCAUUGAAAAGAGUCAAAGACAUCAAAUUCGUAGUUGAAUUGUUGAAUAUUGCAAAGGGAUAUGACAAUACCGAGAAACUUCAAAAUAUCAUCGUUAGUGACAUGAUUGAAGAAUAUUCGAACAAACCUUUGAUGUGGGACACAAUGGCUCGAAGAGAGUUAGAAGGCUUGCCACAACCAACCGAUGCUGAAACUCCUAUGGAAAUUGAUAACGGGCCGAGUUCACUGAGAGAUCGUAUAAGCGCAUGUAACGAAGUUUAUCUCGCAGCUGUGAAGAGAAUCAGGACCGAGGAAAUGUGGUCUUAUUACAUAGAUUGUUUAAUGGAAAUAAAUCAGGAUUCAACCGCAUUGCCAAAUUACAAGAAAAAACUUCUAAAAAACGCUUUGGUUCAAGCACAUCAAGCAAAAAAAUUGCGUGAAAAAUACUACAUGCACUGGGUCGAGAUGUUGAAUAAUGACAAAAAAGACGAAAGUUCGCAAAAACGAUUAUACGAAGUAUUGAAUUGGGCGACCAACGCCUCACCAACGAGCGUCAAUCUUUGGCACGCCAAAUUAAGACAUCUUCUCACGUCAGGACGUGACGUUGAGGCGGUUGCAGAAUUCACGAAAGCAUCAGAAAUUCUCGGAGAAAAAUCUUUGCCUUUAUGGCGGAUGAGACUCAUGGACGCACAAGCGAAAAACCCGGAAAAGGUGGAAGCUGUUUUUCUCGCUUCGUUAAAAGUCGAACCAAGUAUUGCAAAAGAGAUGAAACCGUCCUACAUCGAGUGGAUCGUUCUCACCAAAGGAAUCGAGACUGCUCGGCAGAUUUACAACGAGCUUUGUUUGCAGCCACCAAUUUGUUUGGAAAUGCACAAAAAAAUGGCAAUUUUAGAGUUGCUUCAACCGGAAAUUUCUCUGAGACACGCAAGGCGACCACACGAAUUGUCGACUCUACAAUUCGGCGAAAAUAACACUGAUGUUUGGAUGGACUAUAUAACGUUUGAGAUCAAACACGGGGAUCCCCAAAAAGUUGCGGAUCUUUACAAACGUGCAAUCAAAACAUUGGAACCGGCGUUAUCAAACAUAUUUAUCUCCGAGUACAGUCUCUUAAAAGCAAAUCCUGAAGCCAUGGAAACAAUCGCAUGAAAAUGCCGACAAGCUAAAAACUCAUAUGUGAAUUUUAAAAAAUGAGUUAUACGAACUUUUAAAAGAAAUAUACGAACUGUCGAUCAUCGAAAA